CUGCAUGUAGCAAUUGUUUAAGGGAAUGGCAUGUUUCAGAUUUUCCUAAUCUUCUUUGUAAACAUAUGUGUCAGAUAAUUAAUUACCAUCGCUCACACAGUAUAAAUAGCAUCGUCUGAAUGCUCUGGAAACUACACCUAUAGCAACUGCCCUGCUACAGCUACCAUGAAAGUACUUUUGGCUCUCGGUGUUGUGCUCGCAGUCUCUGUUGCACUGUCCAGCGCUUUCUGCUCUAAGGAUUUAUUGAAACUGGAUUUGAAAACAAGACAAGCAGCCUGUGAGGAAGGAGGAAAACAGUACAAAAUAGGCAGCACUUGGACUUCAAGAUGUAUGUCAUGCUCAUGUUCGAAGACUGGCAUGACAUGUUGUUCACUGGUGAACAUCCCAUCUGAUUAUGAUAAAGAGAACUGUGUCGCUAUUUUAGAUGAGGAAACCUGUAGCUACAGAGUGACCAAAAAGGAUAACCCAUCUGAAGAAUGUGAAGUCAAGGCGAUGGUCGGAUAAAACAUCUCACAGCAUCCUUCAGUCAAGCAUAUGGGUGUAUUAACAUGAGUCAUUAUUUCAAGUUUUGUUUCCCUUUUUUUUUUAUUAUCUCUGGCGCAGUUGUGAAGUGGCAAAAAAUUACUUUACAUACUAUGCUCUGUUUCCACCAUCUUUCUAAUCACCAUUAUUUCUUCCUGUUUGACUUGAAUCGACCAGUUAUUCCAGCUUUCUCAUACUGAAAAAUAAUAAUGUACCUAAUAAGUCUAUUCAAUAAAUCUCAAUCAUCUAA